UUAAAAUUAAAUUAUAUAAUUGUUUUUUUCCCACAUUGCCGGGUUGGAAUCCUUUUAUAUAUAAAGAUUAGUAACACUUACGAAACCGAGUACAAAUAUACUAGGAAAUAACAAAAUCAGCCAAGAUCUCGUCAUCAAAACCAACCAACCAACCAUUUUCAUCACCAAGAAACAACAACAAAGACUAGUGGAAAUAUGGUUUUCUUGUACAACGAGUGCCUUAAAAACCAAGCGGUCAGUUUCGGCGGCUACGCUCUUGACGGAUGCGGUGAGUUCAUGCCCAAGUCCACCACCAUCCUCACAGACCCUCCGUCCCUUAGUUGCGAUGCAUGCGGCUGCCACCGUAACUUCCACCGCCGUGAUCAUUCCAACGUCGUUAGUCACUGUACAACCUCACCUCUGCAGCCAGCCGCAUCCACGCAGCACUUGCUUCUCUCUCUCAGCAGCUCCGGUUUCUCUGCAGGACCCUCGGAUCAAGACAAGGGUAAAAUCAUGGUGGAUAGGGAGUUGGUGACCAAGAGACGUAAGAGGACAAAAUUCACGGUGAAGCAGAAGGUGAUGAUGAGAGGUUUCGCAGAGAGAGCUGGUUGGAAGAUCAACGGCUGUGAUGAUGAGUGCGUAAGAAAGUUUUGUAGCGAUGUGGGAGUAGAGAGAGAGGCUCUGAAGGUUUGGAUUCACAACAAUAAGUACUUUGCCAACGGGAGGAAUAGAAACACAACGUCCUCUAUGUUUCAAAAGUUUUAA